GGGCCGGGCAGUGGCGGCCCAGGACCACACGUCUACUUUCAGAGCCCCCCCGGAACCGCAGGAGAGGGCCCGGGUGGCGCGGACGAUGAGGGCCCAGUGAGGCGUCAAGGGAAGGUCACCGUCAAGUAUGACCCCAAGGAACUACGGAAGCGCCUCAACCUAGAGGAGUGGAUCCUGGAGCAGCUUACGCGCCUCUACGACUGCCAGGAAGAGGAGAUCCCAGAACUGGAGAUUGAUGUGGAUGAGCUCCUGGACAUGGAGAGUGAUGAUGCCCGGGCUGCCAGAGUCAAGGAGCUGCUGGUUGACUGUUACAAACCCACAGAGGCCUUCAUCUCUGGCCUGCUGGACAAGAUCCGGGGCAUGCAGAAGCUGAGCACACCCCAGAAGAAGUGAGGGUCCCCGACCCAGGUGAACGGUGGCUCCCACAGGACAAUCGCUGCCCCCCGACCUCGUAGCAACAGCAAUACCGGGGGACCCUGCGGCCAGGCCUGGUGCCAUGAGCAGGGCUCCUCGUGCCC